AUGCCGCUUCCUCGACUGUGCUUUUCCCGGUGUGCAAUAUUUAUUGUUGUGGGCUGUUUUGUCAUCGUGGUUGUCACCUGUGGUACAUACUUUGGGUUGAGCAAAAGAAGUCAUCACUCCUUUGACUGGACAACAAUUGUGAGUGAUCGUGGAGAUGUUCUUCCUGACUUCAGUUUUGCUGGGUACCACAGUUCGGCGAUAAUAUUGCCGUACGGGCCGGGUAACAACAUCACCUUGGCUUUCAAUAGUACCAUUGUUGACGUGAGGCCUUUGAUACAAGACGCUAUUGAUACAAUCUCAUCUUCAGGUGGUGGCACUGUUGUUCUGCCUGAAGGUAGAUGGCCCAUUACUGCAGGCAUUAAUAUUCCCAGUGGAGUUGUUGUCGCUGGAGCUGGAGACAAUAAGACGGUUUUGGUUUUACAAGAGAGCCCAUCUCAACCAGUCUUCACCCUUGGCACACCUGCCAAUACUACAAGACCUCGGUAUGGGUUCAGAUCAAAUAUCACCAACCAGUAUCUGCCGAUCGGCUCCUCGUCUGUUGAGGUUACCAAUGGCGCUGGAUUCGCUGCUGAUCAACUGGUUUAUGUCUCUCGAAACGCAUCAGAGGCCUGGAUCAGGGCUAACGGAAUGGAUGGCCUCGUACGAGACGAUGCUCAACAGACAUGGAUACCAGUGGACAAGAGAAUACUAUCACCCAACCAGAUCAGCAGCGUUUACGGCACAAAUAUUACACUCAGAAUUCCAUUGACGGAUAAUCUUGACUCCGACUAUGUCCAGCCUGAAUUGAUAGUCUAUACUCCACCAUACGUCAAUGAAGAAAUUGGCAUACAAGAUCUUGGAAUCGAAGUCCCUGACACGUGCUCGGGGGCACCACUCAACGACAAAACGUGCAACUCUGCUGCUAUUUACUUCCCGCCUUGGACUGUUGACAGUUGGGCCAGUGGACUGUCCCUCAGAGGGUUCAACAAAUUCUUCCAAGUGGACCAAGAUGCUUCUCGCAUCACCAUUCAGAAUUCAACCAUGGACCGUGAUCGAGAUAUCCAAGGGGCUGCUCUUCCAUUUGAUAUCUUGAUACAAGGGUCUCAGAUUUUGAUACAAGACUGUUCACAAGUUGGUAUACCUACAGCAAGAUGUUUUACGGUUGGUACAGGGUCCUUGACGCCUGGUCCGAACGCUGUUCUGCGUCAUAAGGCUAAAUCUGAUGCUCAAACUAUAUAUCCACAUCAGAGAUGGGCACAAGGACUGUUGGUGGAAGAUAGCUCCGUCAGAACUUUAUUUGUAGACAGGGGCAUCAAAGGCUCAGGUCAUGGGUGGUCUAUCAAUGGUGGCGUGGGAUGGAACCUUGACGGGAAUGUCGACUUCGAGUCCCCGCCACUUGGUAUCAACUGGUGUAUCGGUUGCGGAGGAAAUGGUCGUGAUCCGAAAGGGAAUGCGACAUUCAUAGAGUCAGGUAAAAGAGUCGAACCACGAAGCCUAUUCAUGACACAAUUGGAAGAGAGAGGCAUUUACAGAUAUGAUGUUGGGGGUGAGCAAAUCGACGAGUAG